AUGCAAAAUCAACCACCAAAAGCUCCAACUUUCGAGAUAGCUCGAAGACCGAAAGAACCAGCAAAGACAGAUGAGAUAGAUGAAAUUGUUGAAAUAGAAACAAAUUUCCGGAGAUUCAGUUUUAAUAAAUUAUAUAGUUAUACUUUUGAAGUUUCAACUCAAGGAAGAAAAGCGAAAAAAAAUGAUAUGUACAAAGUUUUUCGUAAUUUAUAUGAGUUUAAAAAAUUUGGCUCAAAUGUUUUUCCAGCAUUUGAUGAAAAUAUGAUUUAUUCCUCCGUUGAAUUCGGUAAUCAAAAACGCUUAAAUGCCAAGAUAGAUGGAAAACAAUAUAUUGCUAUCCUUAAAUUUAGUGCAGAGAUUGAUUUUAGCUUAUUAAAAAAUUAUAUUGAACAAGAUAAUUAUCAAAUUCUGGAUAGUAGACUUUCAAAUCUCUUGCGAGUGUUAAAUAUAUAUCUUAAUUCUGAUGUUCGUUCAAGAAACUUAACUCUUGGAAGGAGAACCUUUCCAAUUCCCGAUAAGCCACAGUAUUUAUAUGGUGGACUUGAACUUAUGUUUGGAUUCUAUCAAAGUGUUCGUAUAGGGUGGAGACUUUAUGAAAGAGAUAUUCAGUAUCUUAACCGAUUUUUAAAAAAUUUAAGAUUUAUCACCACUUAUUCUGAUUCUGAAAAGACAAUUACUGAUGUUACCUUCCAAUCGGCUAGUAAACAAACUUUUAUGAAAGAUGAAGUGCAAACUUCUGUUAAAAAAUAUUAUGAAGAUUCAGGAUUACCAUUAGUAUAUCCAAAUCUUCCGUGUAUUAUAGUUAAAAAAGGAUAUCGUACUAGUUUCUUUCCUUUAGAAGUAUGUGUGUUGGUUCGUGGUCAAAAACAUAAAACUGAUGAUCUUACACAACUUCAACAAGAGGAUAUGAUUAAAAAGACAGUGAUUGGACCAAAUGAGAGAUUUGAUAGAAUAAGUAAAGGUAUUCAAAAAGAGUACAAACAUGGAAGUGACAAAAGGUUACAGUCUAUUUCAUUUAAAGUGGAUAACAUUGGAUUUGUGAAAUUAAAAUCAAAAAAACUUGUUUCACCACCUAUGAAUGUUAAUAAUAAACAAAUAACUACUGAAAAGGGGGAAUGGGAAAUUAUUAAAUUUAAUAAGUGUGCCGACUUAUAUAAUUGGUCUGUGGUUUGCUUUGAUUUAGAACUAAAAAUAUCCUUAAUUGAGUCUGCAAUCAGACUCCUGAAGGAAGUAUUAAUUUCAAAAGGCUUGAAUGUACCACACAUGCCAAAAAUCUCGAUAAGCAAUUGUCAAGAUUAUAAAAAAGCCAUUAUGUUAGCUGUCCAAGAUUCUUUAAUAGAACCUUCAAAACCAGCUCAAUUGAUUAUAUGUAUUAUUCCAAAAAAACAACAAGAAGAAGACUGUUUAUACGCAAAAAUAAAAAGAAUUUGCUAUUUGAAAUUAGGCAUUAUGAACCAAUGCAUUCUUACUAAGGGUCUUAAGGAAAAUCGUAGAUUAAGACAAGUUUUUAAUAAUAUGGCAUUAAAAAUAAAUGCUAAACUUAAUGGCGAAAAUUCUCGUUUGGCCGAUGGUCAACUUGAUUUCAAGUGUGAAAGAGCUCAUAUGGUAUUCGCUGCAGAUGUUUAUCAUCCAAGCAGAGAUGAUAAGAAAAAAGGCCGACCUAGUGUAUCUGCAAUUUGUGGUUCAAUGAAUGACACUUUAACAGAAUAUUGUUGUCGUUAUCGUAUGAAUGAGAAAUUGAGACAUGAUGUUGAUAUAAUAGAAAAUCUUAACGAUAUGGUUUUAGAAUUAUUUGAACAACGUAAAAUCAGAGGAGGUCUUCUUCCAGACCAAAUCAUUUUUUAUCGAGAUGGUGUUGGAGAAACUCAAUUUGAAACUGUUAUAGCAGAUGAAUUGGAACCAUUACUUGUUGCUCUUGAAACUUAUUAUAGAUCCGAAAAUCUACCGCCACCAAAAUUAACAUUUAUGAUUAUACAAAAACGACAUCAUGCUAGAUUUAAACUCAUUAAUGGAGGAAAUUGUAGUCACGGAACAAUAGUUGACACUGAGAUCGUUAUGAGUCAAGAAUUUAGUUUCUUUUUAUUAUCUCACGUUAGUCAAACUGGAACUGCUCGUUCUGGAUUUUAUCAUGUGAUUCUAAAUCAAGGAAACUAUUCUGCUGCCGAGAUUUAUAAUUUGACUUUUAGACUUUGCUUUUUGUCUUCCAGGUGUAGUCGUUCACUUUCUCAAGUAACACCAGCUAGUUACGCUCAUAAUAUUGCAAACCUUGCUAGAUAUUUUAAAGUUCAAGAUGGAAAAUGGCACCGUGUAGAAUCAAAACUUGAAAAUGAACAAUUCUUUCUAUAA